UUUUUUCCAGGUCCGGGAAGGACUCGCGGCAGGUGGGCGUUCUCUUCCUUUCCUCGCGGGCGGGGGCUGCAGGUUGUAACGCGGUGCCCCCCACCCCUCCCCCUUCCCCCCGGCCCGUGCGCUGGCGCAUGGACGUGGCGCUGGGGCUUGCUCAGGGAAUGGGGCCGGAGCGCGUCUGCCCGAACCAGCACGAGGACGCAGGGCCGCAGGAGGCCCCCGAGGGGGUCCCGGACCCCGUCGGGGACUGGAGCGGCGAGGAGCCGGAGGAGGAGGAGGAGGAGGAAGAGAGCGGUGGCUACUUGUACCAGCCUCUGAACCAGGAUCCGGAGCAGGGACCCUGGGAGCAGAGCCCGCCCGCCGUUGAGGAGGCGACGGGCAGCACGGAGCCAACCCCCGGCAUCCAGGAGCGGCUGCAGAUGAUGAGGCUGCACCUGCCAGAUCCUCCAGUGGAUAGCGAGGAUGAGGAGGAGGCAGUGGCAGGAGCUGGAGCUCAGGGCAAUCAGAGCUCCAUACCUAUGGAUCCAGAACAUGUGGAAUUGGUGAAAAGAACAAUGGCCAGUGUGAAACUCCCUAGUUUGGGAAUCCCAGCGUGGGCCAGUGAAAUCUCAGAUGAGCAGUGGAAGGACAUGGUACAGCGCACCCUGCAAGCCAGACAGAAUCGUAGCAUCUCUGUGCCUGAAUGGAAGUGAAGUGCAGAGCCAGUGCCAGAAGCCUGGCUGGAAAGCCCACAGUGCUGAGUAAAUAGUGCUACCUAUCUCCCCACUUCCACAUCCAGUUAAGUGUGGGAGGCAGAUGACAGCCUCUUCUUAUUCUCUAAACUGGUCAACAACAUGGGUUAGUUGCCCACAAGCACAAGAGUGCUAAUCUCUCUUUGGACUGUUUAACACUAAACCCAUUGCUUUCCUUCUUCCCCUCUUCAGCUUCUGGGUGACUCUGUUGGUUCUUGUGGUGUCCUUGCGUUGGCUCUGUAGUAGUGCUCUGGCUCUGCUUUCCCCAGUCCACAGGCUCUAGCCAGGUCAGCCAGUGAGGAAUGCUGGACUCAUACUAGAUCCUCUAUGAUCCUCCUUUGUGGAGGGGGGAAAAGUAGUUGUUUUUUUCUCAGCCAUGUAUGUGCUGACCCUAUCUCCGCAGAGGACAGACAUCUGUACAGUGCCAUGUCACAUGCCCUGGAGUCUAGUGUGUUUGUCUUUUCAAGAGAUCCAUUUUUAUUUAGUUCUGUACAUACAGGGACAUCUGUACAAAAUUCAACACUUUCAUACUAUGUAAUGCUCUACUGAAAAUAAAGUACACCAUAUGUACA